CUUCAUAAUCCAUCCAACAUUAAGAGUAACUUGAUCAAACACCAGGAGCUAACAUAAUUAUACAACAAUGGCAAAGAGCUUCACAUUCGGUGCCCUCAUCGCCUCGGCUCUUUGCUUCUCCUCUCUCCUCAGCUCCGCUUUGGCUACCGCCGGACUGUACGUUGAAGGCAAAGUCUACUGCGACACUUGCCGGGUCGAGUUCGAAACCAAGCUCAGCGAGGUCAUUCCAGGAACUAGGGUGAAGCUGGAAUGCAAAAACCGUGAAAACAACACAUUGACAUAUGCAGUAGAGGGUGUGACAGAUGCAUCAGGUAUAUACAGGCUACCUGUUGAGGGUGAGCAUGAAGAGGAUCUAUGUGAGGUGAAGUUGAUCAAGAGCGGAAAGCCCGAUUGUGCCGAAGCAUUCAAGAGCGUUGAUCGUGCAAGAGUUCUCCUUACCCACAACGUUGGGGUAGUGCAGCCAACCCGCUAUACUAAUCCUCUUGGGUUCAUGAAGCAAAAAGCUUCCCCUGAAUGUGGCAAGGUUCUUCAGGAUAUGGGCUUCGUUCCUCUCGAUAAUCUAGUCUAAAACCAUAAUUUAUCAUGAAUCAAUCAACUAAGCUUUCUUUGCCCUAACUCUAUAAAAUAAGCUUCUUCAGCAUUACAUAUUCGUUCUUUGAUAUUUACUGUGGCAAAAUUUGUAGCUCAAUGAUAUUAAUGGAACUAUAAGAAUAUUUAACCAUUGA